CUAAGAUCCCCGAGAUCCCAUGCAGCUUCCAGGAAGGAGAAGCUCAUCACAGAACCAAAGAAAAAGAAAGAAGAAGUUGCCUACAGUUAACAGGAGCUACCAAGAAAGUCACACAAAAUAAUUAAAUUCAUUAUUUUCCUCAUAUAUUUCUACCUCACUCACUCAUCAAUAAAUAGCCCCCCCUCCGGCCUCCAUAUCCUCCACCCCCAUCUCUCAACAACUUCAUACAAAUUAGUUUGGAAUAUUUAAAUUAGCCAAACCAUGAUAUCGUUAGAUCAUCACCACAUGAGCGCAGUUGAAUUUGUGGACUAUUUUCCGUCCAUGAUCGCGAGGCUGGGAGAAGAAGGGUUUAUUGGGGAGCUCUGCAAUGGGUUUGUUUUGCUGAUGGAUGUGGAGAAGGGCCUCAUCACCUUUGAGAGCUUGAAGAGGAACUGCGUUGUGCUGGGCUUGCAUGACAUGGGAGAUGAUGAGCUUGUGUGGAUGUUGAUGGAGGGUGAUUUGGAUGGAGAUGGGGCCCUCAGUCAGAUGGAGUUUUGCAUCCUCAUGUUUAGGUUAAGUCCAGGUUUGAUGGAUGGAUCUAAGCAGCUGUGGAAGGAAAACUUUGAUCAUCCUCCUCAUCAUGUAAAUGAUCAUCAAGUACAUGUUGGAGGCUUCCAAUGAUCAUGUCUCUUGUCAUAUCUUGUUUAAUUAAUAACUUUGAUCCAGUUGUAUCAAUGCAAUGUUCUUUGGUAAUUCAAUCAAUUGGAAGAUCCA